UUGUGCAGUGCGGGGUGGUGUAUUAGGAAGCGGGCCCCUUCGCUGUCCACCUUUCCCGGUAGAGUGGCCUGUAAGAGCCUGAGCCAAAGAGUAAAACCGCCCUGAGUCAUCCUUGAUCAUCUUAAGUCUGGUCUGGUACAGCCACCUGAAAGUAACACACACAAAUUGAAUUUUUGUGGCCAGAAUGGGGAAGCAGAACAGCAAGCUGCGCCCUGAAGUCAUGCAGGACUUACUGGAAAGCACGGACUUCACGGAGCAUGAGAUCCAGGAGUGGUACAAAGGCUUCUUGAGAGACUGCCCCAGUGGACACUUAUCAAUGGAAGAGUUUAAGAAAAUAUAUGGGAACUUUUUCCCUUAUGGGGAUGCUUCCAAAUUUGCAGAGCAUGUCUUUCGUACCUUUGAUGCAAAUGGAGACGGGACAAUAGACUUUAGAGAGUUCAUCAUAGCCCUGAGUGUGACCUCGAGGGGCAAGCUGGAACAGAAGCUGAAGUGGGCCUUCAGCAUGUACGACCUGGACGGUAACGGCUACAUCAGCAAGGCAGAAAUGCUGGAGAUCGUGCAGGCUAUCUACAAAAUGGUUUCCUCUGUCAUGAAAAUGCCUGAAGAUGAAUCAACCCCAGAAAAAAGGACAGAGAAGAUCUUCCGCCAGAUGGACACCAAUAGAGAUGGAAAACUCUCCCUGGAAGAAUUCAUCCGAGGGGCCAAAAGCGAUCCAUCCAUAGUGCGUCUCCUGCAGUGUGACCCCAGCAGCGCCGGCCAGUUCUGAACCCCGCACCCUAAGGACGCUACAGCUGCCUGUGUCUCUCCCAGUUGGCUUUUAAACUUAUUUUGUUUGUAUUUUUUUUUUUUUUUUUUGCCAAACAAUAUUGAUGGUGAAGCUGUCCCCUCUUCAGUCAGAUGCGCUCUGCUGUGACACCCUUGCCCCUUGCUUCUUUCGUCGUGGACGUGAAUGCCCAGAGCGCUUGUGGAGAGCAUGAACAGACUUCGUGGUGUUCCCUGUUGGAUGACUUUUUAAUCAUCAUUACUUUUUUCCCUUUGAUUCUAAUGUGUCUGUCUUAAAACCCAAGACUGGAGGGGCCAGAGAAAAGAAUUCCAUUCCGCCCCUGAGAUCCUUCAGCAAGCUUUGAGGGGUUUUGUUUGAAAGACAAAACUCCUAAUCUGGGUGUGUUGUCACGCAUGCCCUCAGGGCUAUGGCGGGCACCUGAGGCUAGGUUUUCUAAGAACAGGUUACCCUCUGGGGUAAAGCUAUUAAAGCCAGCUGGGACAUUCCCCUCCACCCCAGCAGGCUGUAGUUUCUAAACUGUGAACAUUACAAGGUAAAUUAACAGAGAUGGGGAAAGAACUCAGAGGUUCCCCCACCCCACAGGUUUACAGAGUUGAGCUAAUAUGAGGCCCUUUGAAAAAUCAAACACAGAUGGUAACAUUCUAAAACCAGACCCAUCUUGCUACCUACUUGUGAUUUAUAAAAAGACUGCCGUAUAUAAAAUAUUGGGUAUUGCAGACCAAAUUAAGUGUUUUGCCUUGUAAAUGCAUGUUUAGUGAGCGCUAAUGCAAUCUUACUACAGAAGACUUGUCUUAGCAGUUUUUUGUGAAGCCAACUACAACGAAUGUCAGUGUCUUGUUUUAAAGUCCUGUCUUUGCACAAAUGUACCAGUCAACAAGUGUAUUUUAUAUACUCCAUAAAAUUACAAAAGAAUGAUGACAAGGGCCCAGCUUUGAUUUCGAAUGGUUUUACAGAGUCGAGGUGGCCAGAGGAAGGCAGUUUCCAAGCAUCUUGUCCACCAGCAGCUCUGAGAAGGGGCCAAGGCCCAGCAGCGCACUGGCAGUGAAUGCAGGUGUGCUGUCUUUCUAAGCAGGUGAAUGUUCCGUAGACUCGGAAAAGCAGGUCCUUCCUAACAGUGUAACCUACGUCCUCAGUGGGGGAGCCACGCCUAGAAUCUUCUUUUUUCCUGCCCCCACGUAUCUUUCAUGUAGUCAGGUGUGGGCCAGCCAGGCCAUUCACCCACCCACUGUAGGUGCCAGCUAGGGAGCCUGCAGUGUCUGAGGCCAGCUGUGGGACCCAACAGCACUCCCCUUCACCGUGUUAUUUGAAUCUAGCAAAACUGAGUUGUUGCUUGGGCUGGUCACCUCAUAUACACUACUUUGAAAUAAGGGUUGGAAGCAAAAACUUCUGGCUACAGGCAACCAAAGCCUCACACACAGUGGCAUCAACAAGGCCCAGACACUCAAGAAUGUUGGUGGCAGAAUCUGCCUAAGAGGAGUCAGGAAGGUCUCUGCUGCCUGUAGCCACUUCCUGUAGAACAAAACCGCAAAAAUACAGCUGUAAGGAAAAUGAUGCCCAGACGAUUCCUGCCAGGCCGAAGGUCCCCCCAUGGCGAUACACUUAACUGGCAGAAGUUCAAACUUUAAUGGUGUCUCCAUAGGUUGAAAUUUUGUGACCUAGAUUUUGUAAUCUUAAUUUUUCCUAGUAUCAUUUCCUUACCUUUUGUAGCAAGGCUUGCCAAAUCCUGUGAGCCAAAUGGCAAAGUCUGUUUUUGGAAAGCAGAAUUAACCCAAGUUGGGAUGGAAACCAGAGGUGGCCUCCAGCUCUUCAGAAUUCAAGAGCCAGAUGCACAGGUUAUGAACCCUGCAGUCCCCAGAAGGCCUGGAGAGCUCCAGAUCAGCUAGACACACAGACAUAACAGACCUAUCUGUAUGUUUCCUCCUCUUUUCCACCUCUCCCAGGAAGGCAUUGGGUGUCAUUUUAUGCAUGCAUGUUUGACCAACGAACUUCACAGCAUCGGGAGGGCCGAGUGCCUGAAGACAUCUGUCACUCCUGUGGCCAGGCAGUGCUUGUGCUGUAUUCAGGGGCCUCUGGUGGAGGUAGAGCCUAUUUUGUUCUAAGUAAAGGAAGUCUGUGCUGUCCAUAGGACUGGAGGACGUUUCAGAGUGCUUGACUGCUCAUACCUCGCUUAGGAUGGAGAAGGGAUGGUGUGGUACUCCCCAGGGGACUUUCUACAAGUGGAUUUAAUAAUAUAUAUGUCAUAUUAUGUGGAGUGGUCCCAUUCUCAGUUGAUUGUGUAGCUCUUGCCUGGCAUUAAAGCAUGUUUAUUAUUUAA